AUGCCUACAUUUGGGCACGCACAUGGUAUAUUUUGUGCUUUACAUGAAUCUACAGCCCGCAAUACAGGCUACGGUUGGGGGACAGCCGAGGUCGCAGCAACAGCAGGUCGCUUGGAUGCCCACACACGAGCAGCAGCAUGUGCUCCACGUUCUUCCAUUGGACAACUGCACCGGCAAUAUCCUGCAGGAUUCGCUUCUGUUGUUGCUGCCGUAGCCUCUACAGGUCAGCUGCAGCUUCUGCAGGAUCCGUUGUGGCUGGCGGCCGUAGGCGCUGCGCAGGCUUGGCAGCACAGCACAAAUGUGAAAACGCCUCGCACCACAGAAGCUGCACGUAUGUCUGCCGCAGCCGAGGAAGGGAGCUCUGUUGCUGAGGCAAUUCGUGACGCAGCUCUUGAGACGGGAGGAGAGGAUCCGCUAUUGAGGCUGCAGCUGGCUGUCUUGCUAGGUGAAGCAGCAGCUCUGCUGCAUUCUAUUGGUGAGGCUUUAGCUGCUUCGUCGCUGCGGAAGUCUGUAGGUGGGCAUAAAUCAACAGUGUUAGGGUCAGAGGAUAGCCAGCGCAUGGCUGUAGCAGCGGGGCGGUCGGCUUAUGAGUUGGAGUUAUGGCAUAUCCGACUGACGGCACUACCUGUUAGUGUUAGUGUAGUGAGUUUAGGUUCCCGAGAGGGCGUGCCUUGGAAACCACGCCCUUGUGGUGCAUUGUCAGCGGUCGCUGCAAAGCCGCUGCUGCAGCAAACAGCUGCAACCGAUGAGCUGCUGCUGCUGAACCAGCAAGUCCGCUUGGCUAUUAGGUUUCUAACGACUUUAGCAUCAUGCGCCCUCGAGAAGAUCCAGCCACUUCAUCUCCGUUGCAUGCAGGCGCUGCAGCAGGCGCAACAGCUGGCAUUCCAACUGGCGCUGCCCGGAGAGGCAGUGACCGCAGGAAUGCCAGCAAAGGCAGCACCAGAAUUAGCAGCAGCAGCAGAUACGUCUACAUCGUGUCCUGACACCUGUGGUGACGUUGGUCUUCCGCCACCAAUAUCUCUAACGUCGAGGCCGCAUUACAGCAAAAUGAACUGGCAGCUUUUGUUGACAGGCCGAGGGUUACUAGCAGCCCCAGGUGAGUAA